CGCGCACACACACACACACACACACACACACACACACGAGGAAGGUUGCCUUGUAUGGUUUAAGUAGGCGAGUUUUCCAGGCGGAGGUUAGCCCCCUUUCCCUCAAGGACUUUCCUUCUCCUCCGGUCAUCUGCAUUCAGCUGCCUGUGUGAUUCUGAGAUAGGGAAGAAUGUUUUGAUGUAAGAAACCGUACUGACUGGACAUCUUGUAGUUUUGCUGGCAGUGAUGGUGGUGUCUGUGAGGGGAGGGUUGAGGAGAGAGGUUUUUGGAUAGACUAGGGCAAUGGUAGCUGGUCUGUAGCUGGGUUUGGAGCCCUCUGGGAAUAAAAGUAGUGUGGCGCGUGCCAGUUUCCUGCACUGCGCAACAAGUGGGAAAGCCGCCACAGGGAUCCGAGGGAGGGUGCUGUGUUGUGGGAAAGCUGGUCGGUUUCUCUUCGCCCCACUGGAAGCCAGGAACAGCUCCUCCCAACCCUCCCGGCUUCCCAGUUUGAGAGCAACAGACCCAUCCAAAGACCAACUCGUCUCCACUUCCUCAUCCCAAGCUUAGCCGAGCGCUGGAAGCCUGGGUUGGACUCUUCUGCCUUUCGCCUCCAGGGCCCCCUUUCAACACGGGAAUCAGAAGUUUACUCCCGACUUUUUUUUUGCUAGUCGACUAGUGUUUGGCAGGAAACUCUGAUAAUACUGUUGAGUGCCAUUCUGCUUUUUGAAGACAAGUGCACCCUUUCUCUUCCCAAUACAUUCAGCCUUUCAGGCUGGAAAAAUCAACGUAUGAAACAUGAACACAGCUGCAGAUACUGAGUUGUGGCUCCUAGAGGCGUGGACAUCGGGAAGAAAAUAUAUAUAUAUAUCCAGUAAAUUAAGUGUUUUCCAGUAUUGACCUAUGGAGGCCCCCCCCAUCAAAAAAAAAAAAAAAUGAUGGGGGCAGUCGGGUGUGGAAGACGAUUUUGGACGGACUGAGUCCGCCACCUAGUGGUAGGUCCUGGCUGAGUUCCCCAUGCCUUGGGCAGGGGACCGACGGAGUCACCUUCCUGUCCCUAAGUAUCCUAACGAGGUGCUAGGACUGAGAGAGGGCAACCUCCAAUAAGAAUGACAUCUGACCUCCAGAGUUUUGGUAAAAUGGAUGACAAUUAGCCUCCGUCCACAGUCGCCCAGCGUGGGCAUCCCUCCGCUAAGAGAACCAAAAAGUACCCCGUUUUGAGAACACUGCUUCCCCGCUUCUGUGGCCUCUCCCCAAGGAAAGUCAAUAGUGGAGGGAUGUCACGGAGGCUGUAGGACAUACAGUUCUUUACAGGUGAGGAGUCAAGCCUAAUGAGAGGGUUAAUGGCCAGUUAGUGACCUAACCGGAACUGGAUUUUAAGCUUCUGAAUUCCAGGUCAGUGACUUAAAGUCAAAGGCGAGUUUAAUCUCCGUCCCUUUGAGGAAUCUAAGAGAAAGGAGCAGGUGGAAACGGUUCCCUCUCUGUCUCCGAGGAAUUUGUUUAGAAAGUAUGGCCCAAGAUUUUCAGUAACAGAUGUGAAAAGCCUACUGUAGUGCUGAGGGGUGUGUGUGUGUUGGGGGAGGGGUCUCAGAACUUGGGAGGGAGUGUGCGUGUGUUAGGGUGUGAUUAAGGCCCAGUCCCUAGACUUGCAGAAAUGCACCUUGCUGCGCCGGAGGCUCACAUUUGAAUCCUAAAAUAGCUCUUUUCCUUUUCUAAACUUUGCUUAGUGGCUUGAUGUGAAAUCACGCGCGUGUGUGUGUGUGUGUGUGUGUGUGUGUGUCCGUCCUAUGGACAGGCAGAGUGUAAUCCACAACAGCUUCUCAGCAAAGUUUUCUUUCUUGGAGCUCAAAACUUAAGAUGGCAAACGCGCGCCGAGUGCUGGCGUCCCCUAGCGACCGCCGGCGCGCACACCCGUGGGUGAAGCGGUUGUUUCCAUCGCUCUGGUCGGCCAGAAUCGAGUUCUGCCUCUCCCACUGCGGGAGCUGUUGGAGGCCGCGUGGGAGAAACGCGCCUCUGUUCAGGUUGGAAGCGAAUCUGGGGACGUGUUUGAAGAGCGGUCAAGUUUGACUCAUCGCUUUCCAAGGACAGUUAGUGCCUUCCAUCUUCAUUAACGUGAAUAAAGACCUUGGCUGACUUCUGUCCAGAUCGGAUUUUUAAAGGCAUUGUUUGCUUGGGGAGAUCAUUGCCUCUCCCCUCCCCCGCCAGCCUUUUUGCAAAGGCCGGGCCCCGUCCAGCCAGAAUAGCCAAAAUAUCUCUACUCGUGGUCUGCUGGCAUUGACUGCCGGCCCUUUCUGGAAGGCUGUCGCGAGCUGGGCGCCUGGGGAGCGUCCCUUCUGCAGCUCCUCUUCAGAUCUUGAUGAUAAAACACAUCCCUCUAUUUUAAUGCAUUUCCUAGAAGCUUGCAGGCUUGCAAGAGCACUGUUGGCAAGAAAUGUGAUAGAAAUGAAAGGACAUAAAGUCCCUGAACACCUCCUCGGUCACUCAAAGCGACUGCCGAGGCCACCGUGUUAUCAAAUUCGCUUUUAUCUACUGUCGUCUCCCCCACCCUUCUGCACCCGCCCCCCCAGGCAAGAACGCGAAGAGUGUUUCUCCCCUAGGACAAUAACGGCUCGGCAGUUUGACCCUGCCCCCCCCCCCCACCGCCAGACCCGAGCAGCUGAUUAGCCUAAAAGACACUGCAGAGAAAGGGAGCGCUCCUGCUGGAGCCCUGACGCGAGUUUCACUGCGGCAGCUUAUUAAAAUUCCUCGUCCCUGCCCCUAAACAGUGCUUUGCACUUCCAUAUUCUCCUUUGGAUUUCUCAACGAGUUAUUGGAGUUAUUAGAUUACCAAGUAUCCAAAGCCGAACGGGAUAGAGAAGGGGGAAGGGUGGAAGGCAUUCUCCAAAUCGGGAGACUGUGUCUAAACUAGGUCAAUGGAAGGAGGGGCGGGGCGACAAGGAGUUGUCCGUUUCAAGCCUUGGUGGAGGGCUCCCUCUAGUGUUAGGCAGCGAUAGAACAUCAUUAGGUUUGAGCUCCAGGAACCACGGGACUCCUAAUUUCCAAUAAGUGCAUUUACUUAAUUUUAGCUUCCCUUCCUAGACUCACACCCCAUCGCGUAUUACAUUUCAGCCUUCGCUUUCACUUUUAUCUCACCGGGCAAGGAGAUGAGAAAGUAAGAUUUUAUGAGGCCAAAGAGGCCUAGUUUUUACUGACCCCGCCUCCGCUGCUGCUGUGGUGCGCAGCGUAGUGCGACGCUACCCGCCAGUUUUAGGACUGGACUGCGGCCUUAGAGGCUACCUCUUUUCGUGCCCCCCAUUCCCUACCCCUGGCCCCUGAAAGUGUUUCUCAGAGCCUGCUGCUGCGACCGAUUAAGAUAUUGCCCCCAGGGGUUAUAAUUUCGAGGAAGGCAACCUUGGUGCGCGCCCAUGAACGCGCUGGGGUUUGCGUUCAGGCCCCUGCCGAAUCCCGACCUUUUCUCUUUUUUUCCAAAGAAAUUGGAUUCGGAAAUCCCGAAAUCUGCCCAGCUUCGCCGUAGUAGCUCCUGUUCUAAAGACCUUGGGCGGAAACCUAAUAGAGUUGGGUUCCCUUUCUUGCCAACGUAGGCGGAAGGGGCUUUCGGUUUAGUUUUCUCCACCUCGGGUGCGGCGCCCUGGAUGGCGACCCUCAGCCCCAGGGACUCCAUCUUUUUGACCUCGAGGCCUUGCCAAACCGCUCCCUUUAAAAUAGGGGGUGGAGGGGCCAGGACAGAGAAAAAAAGACGCACCAGGCAAACACACACUGGGAUUGGGUAACUUGUUUGAAAUAAGCCUGGGAUUGGACCCGAAACCAAUCUAGACCGGCUGUGCAACUAAAUUGUCUGACUUUCCCCAUUUAUAAAAUUGUAGGGGUUGGGUUGGACUAGGUGAACUCUAAGCGUCCUGAGCCCGGCGCGGGCGAGAGAUUUAGGGGAAAGUGUGCCAUAUUCCCCGCGAGCCUACCCGGGCCACCCCACCCCCCCCCCCCCGCCCCCGGUGAAUCCCCGGCGGCCCGUGCGGCGCAGGCAGAGAUCCUGGCGACUGCCUGGGCAGGCAGCUUCCUGGAAAGUUACUUCUCGUUGGAGCCGGCGAUAGGCAGAGAGUGUUCUGUGAAAUCCGCUGAGUUGAGAUCGACUACGUUCCGGGAAUGAGAGGGCUGUGCCAUUCCCCUCACUGCCCCCUGCCUUGACAGCGUAACAGGAAAAAAAAAAAAAAAAAAAGCAUACACAAUGUUAGCUACCGAGGUGCAUGAAAAGUUUUAUUUGAAUGUAACCAAAUUAAAGGGCUGCCACCAGCGUAUCUACUGGCCUCCGCCGCGCCUGCGGGGGCUUCGACGUGGACCAGCCGAGGCUCCGGGAUCACGCCCGCGGGUGGGCGGUCCCUGGCAGACAGGUUUUAAGCAAAAUUUUGGACUGUGAAUCAAGGCAUUGGGUGAAGGAAAAAUGGCCUCGCCGGCUGACAGCUGUAUCCAGUUCACCCGCCAUGCCAGCGACGUUCUUCUCAACCUUAAUCGCCUCCGGAGCCGCGACAUCUUGACUGAUGUUGUCAUAGUGGUGAGCCGAGAGCAGUUUAGAGCCCAUAAGACGGUCCUCAUGGCCUGCAGUGGCCUCUUCUACAGCAUCUUCACGGACCAGUUGAAAUGCAAUCUCAGCGUGAUCAAUCUGGAUCCCGAGAUCAACCCGGAGGGGUUCUGCAUCCUCCUGGACUUCAUGUACACGUCUCGGCUCAAUCUGCGGGAGGGCAACAUCAUGGCAGUGAUGGCCACAGCUAUGUACCUGCAGAUGGAGCAUGUUGUGGACACUUGCCGGAAGUUCAUCAAAGCCAGUGAAGCAGAGAUGGUUCCUGCCAUCAAGCCUCCCCGGGAAGAGUUCCUGAACAGCCGGAUGCUGAUGCCUCAGGACAUCAUGGCCUAUCGGGGCCGGGAGGUGGUGGAGAACAGCCUACCACUGAGGAACGCCCCUGGCUGCGAGAGCAGAGCCUUCGCCCCCAGCCUGUACAACGGCCUGUCCACACCGCCAGCCUCCUACCCUGUGUACGGCCACCUCCCGGUCAGCAGCUUCCUCUUCUCCGACGAGGAGCUGCGGGAUGCCCGGAUGCCUGUGGCCAACCCCUUUCCCAAGGAGCGGGCCCUCCCCUGCGACAGUGCCAGGCCCAUCCACGCUGACUACAGCCGGCCGGCCAUGGAGAUAUCCCCCAGCAUGUGCCACAGCAGCAUCUACUCACCCAAGGAGGCAGCCCCAGAGGAGGCACGGAGUGACAUGCACUACAGUGUGGCUGAAGGCCCCAAGCCUGCUGCCCCCUCAGCUCGGGGCGCCCCGUACUUCCCCUGUGACAAGGCCGGGAAGGAGGAAGAGAGACCCUCCUCGGAGGACGAGAUUGCCCUGCACUUCGAGCCCCCCAAUGCACCCCUGAACCGGAAGGGUCUGGUCAGUCCACAGAGCCCUCAGAAAUCCGACUGCCAGCCCAAUUCGCCCACCGAGUCCUGUAGCAGCAAGAAUGCCUGCAUCCUCCAGACCUCUGGCUCCCCACCGGCCAAGAGCCCCACUGACCCCAAAGCCUGCAACUGGAAGAAGUACAAGUUCAUUGUGCUCAACAGCCUCAACCAGAAUGCCAAACCUGAGGGACCCGAGCCGGCUGAGCUGGGCCGCCUUUCCCCUCGAGCAUACACUGCCCCGCCAGCCUGUCAGCCACCCAUGGAGCCUGAGACCCUUGACCUCCAGUCCCCAACUAAGCUCAGCACCAAUGGGGAGGACUCCACCAUCCCACAGGCCAGCCGGCUCAAUAACAUCGUCAACAGGUCCCUGACAGGCUCCCCCCGCAGCAGCAGCGAGAGCCACUCUCCACUCUACCUGCACCCCCCCAAGUGCACAUCCUGUGGCUCGCAGUCCCCGCAGCACACGGAGAUGUGCCUCCAUGCUGCCGGCCCGACGUUCCCCGAGGAGCUGGGGGAGACCCAGUCUGAGUACUCGGAUUCCAGCUGUGAGAAUGGGGCCUUCUUCUGCAAUGAGUGUGACUGCCGCUUCUCUGAGGAGGCCUCACUCAAGAGGCACACGCUGCAGACCCACAGUGACAAACCCUACAAGUGUGACCGCUGCCAGGCCUCCUUCCGCUACAAGGGCAACCUUGCCAGCCACAAGACCGUCCACACAGGUGAGAAACCCUAUCGUUGUAACAUCUGUGGGGCCCAGUUUAACCGGCCGGCAAACCUGAAAACCCACACCCGAAUUCACUCUGGAGAGAAGCCCUACAAAUGCGAAACGUGCGGAGCCAGAUUUGUACAGGUGGCCCAUCUGCGUGCCCACGUGCUCAUCCACACUGGCGAGAAGCCCUAUCCCUGUGAAAUCUGUGGCACCCGUUUCCGGCACCUUCAGACUCUGAAGAGCCACCUGCGAAUCCACACGGGAGAGAAACCUUACCAUUGCGAGAAGUGUAACCUGCAUUUCCGUCACAAAAGCCAGCUGCGUCUUCACUUGCGCCAGAAGCACGGCGCCAUCACCAACACCAAGGUGCAAUACCGCGUGUCCGCCACUGACCUGCCCCCGGAGCUUCCCAAAGCCUGCUGAAGCAUGGAGUGUUGAUGCUUUCCAUUGGAGCCCCUUCUCAGAAUCUACCCAAAGGAUACUGUAACACUUUACGAUGUUCGUCCCAUGAUGUAGUGCCUCUUUCAUCCACUAGUGCAAAUCAUAGCUGGGGGUGGGGGGUGGGGGGAGGGGCAGGGGGACGGGGAGCCGAGGCAGCUCCCCAUCCCCCACUGCCGUAAAACAUUAAGAAAAUAAUAUUGCUUCUUCUCCUAUGUGUAAGGCGAACCAUGUCAGCAAAGAGCAAAAUCAUUUUAUAUAUCAAAGCGGGGGGCGUUUGCAAAAGUUCUGACUUGACUUAGUCUGCAAAAUGAGGAAUGUAUAUGUUUUGUGGGAUCAGAUGUUUCUUUUGUAUGUAAAUGUGCAUUCUUUUAAAAGAAGAGACUUCGGUAUGUUAUCAAAGAGAGGGCUUUAAUUUUUUUAACCAAAGGUGAAGGAAUAUAUGGCAGAGUUGUAAAUAUAUAAAUAUAUAUAUAUAUAUAAAAUAAAUAUAUAUAAACCUAAAAAAGAUAUAUUAAAAAUAUAAAACUGCGUUAAAGGCUCGAUUUUGUAUCUGCAGGCAGACACGGAUCUGAGAAUCUUUAUUGAGAAAGAGCACUUAAGAGAAUAUUUUAAGUAUUGCAUCUGUAUAAGUAAGAAAAUAUUUUGUCUAAAAUGCCUCAGUGUAUUUGUAUUUUUUUGCAAGUGAAGGUUUACAAUUUACAAAGUGUGUAUUAAAAAAAAAAGAACAAAAAAAGCUGCGGAAGGAAAAAUGUGUAGUUUUGUUCUAGUUUUCGGUUUGUAUAUAAUUGUACAACGUGUCCUACGGUGCCUUUUUUCAUGGAAGUUUUCAACGGGGGACGACUGCGCCAUCCCUUUUGGAAGUGUAGGCAGACACAGGGACUUGGAGUUGUCACUAACUAAGCUCUCUUUGGGAAUGUUUGUCUCAUCACAUUCUGCGUCAUGCUUGUGUUAUAACUACUCCGGAGACAGGGUUUGGCUGUGUCUAAACUGCAUUACCGCGUUGUAAAAUAUAGCUGUACAAAUACAAGAAUAAAAUGUUGAAAAGUCAA